AAAAACAAAGAAUGGAGCGACGAUUUGGGCGAGAAGUUAGAUUGAGUGAGAAGGGCUUUAGAUUUUCAUUCAAAGGAUUGAAUUUUGAAAACGAUGAUGGAAUUGAAAUUGAAUUCUCUUCUUCGAUUUCUGUCUAACAAAAACGCGAAUAUUUGGAUUCAAAUUAAAAAAAAAAAAAAAAAAAAAAAAAAAACUAAUUUGUGCUUACCUUUCUCUCUAUCUUCAUUUGCUUCAUUUGGUAAGUGUGUGAGUGUGUCUAUAUAUGUAUAUCUAUUGUUCGUUGUUUCCAUAUAUAUAUACACAUACACGCAAUCUUGACUCCACUACAUUCGAGAUUUUUUGUGAUCUGUAUGAUGUAGAUUGUGUGGGUGGGUUGAAUUCUCUCACAUUUUUCAAACCCUCUCAGAUUUUUUCAUGUUUUUUUCUUACAAGGAUUUUCUAUAUCUAAGAAAGAAAAAUUUUUUAAAAAAAAUUUUAAAAUCGAAUUUUGGAAAUCUAGGAAAAUCGUUGGGAUUCGGUGGAUCACUUACCAUUUACAAUUAGCCCCCUUUUGAUUUUCUCCCUUUAAAGUCAAACAUUUCUUCGAUGGAUUGGAUUGGAAGAGGAAAAAAUGGCACAGGAAGAUCAGGAACAAACCCUAACCGGCAGCCUUUGUGACAGCGCCGGCGGCGGAAGUGGCGGCGGUGGCGGCGGCAAUAAUAAACCAUCGAAAAACGGUAAGCCAAAAAAAGUGCCGCAGAGAGGGUUAGGCGUGGCGCAAUUGGAGAAAAUUAGAUUGGAGGAACAACGAGAGAGGGAUGCCCUAAAAUUAUCAUCCCCUGGUUAUCGUUUCGUAAGUGUUCAAACCCCCGAUUUCGAUCCACCGCCGCCUAAUUCAGCCCCAUUUCGUAUUACUAAUCAUCAAUUAAACGAAGGCGGCGCAGAAAUUAGCACCGAGGCGAUUUCGAGUGUUCGAAACAGCAGCAAAAAGAAGCAAAAGGUUGAUCCUGGGUUUACGUUUCAUGGGGAAUCGAUGUUACGGAACGAAUCGACGAACUCCCCGUUUCUAUCGGCUCUUCUGAAUAAUGUGCCUCAGAGAUCACAUCAGAUUCAGCAACCUUCUUCUUCAGUGGUGAAUGCGUCCACAGAGAUUAAUUCACCAUCAGCACUAAUAAGUUCCCAAAUGGAGCUCCCUUCAAACCAAAUUCUUCCUUACAAUAGCGACUAUACAUCUUCGUCUCUAGAGGAAGAUAAGAUGAUUGGCAUGAAGAGGCCAUCCCCCUUUCCUCUAGAAAUUCCACCGACGUAUACCUUCCCCUUUGUUUUUCAUCCUAUCUUCGCUCCUUCAAAAUCAACAUCAGACGAAUUACCUUCUAGUAACAGUGGGCAUACAGCUAAAAUCGAAUCAAUAAAUAAAUUCGUCAGGGAUGGGAAGCUAAAUCGAGAUUUUUUAACAUUGGCUCCUCCUAAGGCUGCUUCUCCUCCUCAUCCGCCUUUGAACUCGGAUCAGGAAAAUCUAAGAAGCCAAGUUGAUCAUACUUUUAGCUUCUUCCCAGAUAAGUCAAACACCGACGAAACAUCGAAGAGUAUAAAGAAUGGCAACGGAGAAACGGGAGAAUGGAUUGAUCUCAAACUGAAGCUUUAGAAGCUUGAUAAUGUGCAACUUUUGUUUGGCUUUUCGGAAUACCUUUACAUUUCGUAGAAUGUCCAUGAAAAAAUACCAGUAUAGGUUUCCAAAUUACUGCUAAGGCGUAAUCGAUUUAUUGAAAUUGUUUAUUUAUUUAUUUUUAUAGGUUAA